GCGGCGGCCACCUCCAAAGCACAAGGUGUCACAUCUGAGAAGAAAACCUGAGCCCUGGGGAGGCAGCGCCACGGGACCGGAGCCCGGCCCGCGCAGACCUGGAAGCGGGGCGCUCGCUGGGCGGGCGCCCUGGAGGACCCACCGAGCUCCUCGGCAGAAGAUUCGGGAGACCUCCGUCUGGGAUCUCGGCUCCACACUCCCCUCUCGUUUUUCCGAUUGCCCCCCAUCGGCUAUUUCCCCAAAACGGAGCCUUUACAUCCAGAGAAAGUGCCGGAGCUGGGACCACCAGGACUUUCCCGGGCACCCAAGAUGCGCUCCAUUAGAAAGAGGUGGACUAUCUGCACUAUAAGUCUGCUGCUGAUCUUUUAUAAGACAAAAGAAAUAGCAAGGACCGAGGAGCACCAGGAAACGCAACUCAUCGGAGAUGGUGAAUUGUGUUUGAGCCGAUCACUUGUCAACAGCUCUGAUAAAAUCAUUAGAAAGGCUGGCUCCACAAUCUUCCAACAUUCUGUAGAAGGUUGGAAAAUAAAUUCUUCUUUGGUCUUGGAGAUAAGGAAGAACAUUCUUCGUUUCUUAGAUGCAGAGCGUGAUGUCUCAGUGGUCAAGAGCAGUUUUAAGCCUGGUGAUGUCAUCCACUAUGUGCUGGACAGGCGCAGGACACUAAAUAUUUCUCAUGAUCUCCAUAGCCUGCUACCUGAAGUUUCACCAAUGAAAAACCGUAGGUUUAAAACCUGUGCAGUGGUUGGAAAUUCUGGCAUUCUGCUAGAUAGUGAAUGUGGAAAGGAGAUCGACAAUCACAAUUUUGUGAUAAGGUGCAAUCUAGCUCCUGUGGUGGAGUUUGCUGCAGAUGUGGGAACUAAAUCAGAUUUUAUUACAAUGAACCCAUCAGUUGUGCAAAGAGCAUUUGGAGGCUUUCGGAAUGAGACUGACAGAGAAAAAUUUGUGCGUAGACUUUCUAUGCUGAAUGACAGUGUCCUUUGGAUUCCUGCUUUCAUGGUCAAAGGAGGAGAAAAGCACGUGGAAUGGGUGAAUGCAUUAAUCCUUAAGAAUAAACUGAAAGUGAGAACUGCCUAUCCGUCACUGAGACUUAUUCAUGCUGUCAGAGGUUACUGGCUCACUAACAGAGUUCCCAUCAAAAGACCCAGCACAGGUCUCCUCAUGUAUACACUUGCUACCAGAUUCUGUGAUGAAAUUCACCUGUAUGGAUUCUGGCCAUUCCCUAAAGACUUGAAUGGAAAGGCUGUCAAAUACCAUUACUAUGAUGACUUAAAAUAUAGGUACUUUUCCAACGCAAGUCCUCAUAGAAUGCCACUCGAAUUCAAAACCUUAAAUGUGCUACACAACAGAGGAGCUUUAAAACUGACCACAGGAAAGUGUACAAAGCAAUAAGGAACAUUUUAAAACGUGCAAACUGAACAUGGACUUCUUUUCUAAAGAUGAUUCUGAAGAUUUGAAAAUAGGAUCCAAAACAAGGCUGGGUUUCAGCAUCCACCAAGUGACUGAAAGGCUGAUAAAAGGGGUCUGCGUGAAAUCCACCACCAGCUGAUGAAAUACCUGCGAAGUGCUCUAUUGACUUCAAGGGUCCUAGUAAGUGCCACUUCCACUAAGAAUACAGUCUGAAUGUAUUUUCAGUAGUGUUUACAAGAUCCAACAGUGCACUCAUCAUUAAUCAGCAAAGCAAAUAUGUUCAUCACUGUAAGGCUGCCACUGCCAGGUCAAGCACAUUGGAAGAGGAGCCCAGGAGAACAACUCAGCCCUUGGGAAAUGAAACCAUCCUUGUCAGCGGAACCAAGAUGGAAACAGUUUGAGCAGUGAAAUCCAGAAGAUAAGCAGCUCUAGCGAAUGCCUUCAGUCAGGACACUGAUUCUGCUCACGCAGUUUAACUUUUCUUUAUGAUUUGUCUCCUAAGUCUCUUUUGGUUUGGGUAUGGGAUGCUUAGAAAUUCUCUCUAAACUACAGAAAUCUGAAACACAUAUGAAUGAGAAAAAUAAACAUCAAAUAUUCUUUUCUAAUGUCCUUACACUUUUAAAGAGAAAUCAUAUUGAGCUUUUUCUUUCAAUUUUGUUCAUUUUAAAUGUUGUAGAAGGUAGCAGAACAACUGUACAAAUCAGUGAGUGAACCGUUGUAGAGGAGUGAUGUCUUCUGAAAUGGUAAAACUCACAGGGGAAUUCCACUCUUGGUACCAAACACAUUAUGAUUCUACAAAACAAGCCAUUCUUUCAUAAAAAUAACACAUUAACAUGAACUUAUUAAUAUGCUAGUAAUGUGAAAUGUGUCUCUAAAUGAUUUAAAAUUUCUAAAUUCAGAAUUUAUUUUUACUUUAUACCUUUGAUAUUUCAUAUUAAUGUGAUGAAAACAUCUUGCAAUUUGGAAUAAAUUUUGGGUUGAAAUAGCAAAAUGUGACUUCUAGCUAUUUAAUAAACCCUUUGUUAUUGAAAUUCAAAGAUCACCCCCAUGCUUUUUAUAUCACAGUUAAAAUUCUCAGUGCAGAAACCACAUGAGGAGUAGAGUGCUGUUUUCAGAACACCUUAAUUAGUUAAUAUGAAUUCCACAGGGUUAACACUGAUACCACAGUGUUUUGCACUUGAAUGCGCCUAAAUUUCCAUUGUUCAAUAUUCUUCUGUGAUCAAUAUACUCACAUGACUAUUGAAUGUUUUCAAGGAAACAUAGGAAACAUAUUAAAGGAAUUUAAAAUGUAACUGAGUUACAUAUUAAGUUGACUAGAAGUUCCAUUUUCUGGUAACUUACACUGUAGUAGUUGGUACUUAGGACAGUAAACUGAUUUUUCUGAAAGCAGAAGCAAUCUACUCUCACUUCUUCCUUGACCUGAAACAGCUUACACAACUUCUUGUUUCUUGGGGAGGCAACCUGAGGAAAGAAGAAAUAGCAUGAGGAAUAUAUAUGUUUUGUUUUUUAGGGAGAACAGUUUGAGAAAUGAAUACAAAUCAUGGAUAAUAUAUACAUAUAUAGUAUAUAAUAUAUGUGUUCAUAUUAUGGAAAAAGAUAUGCACAGUAGUACAGUUACCAGUAUUUUAAUAAUACAGGCAUUAUUUUUUAAAAUAUGGUAGAAUUGCUAGGAUAAAAACACUUUUUGAGAAUCCUUGUAUCUAUAAGAAAGCAAAGAAAAAUGUAAUGGGAGAUUCAUAACUAAAAUGAAUAAACUCAAUGUGCUUUUGACAUUAGGCUUAUCUCUUAUCUUUUGGAAAUUGUAAAUGAGUUAGAUACAUGUAAUUUGCUUGUAAAGUUGAAAGUCUGAUUUAUAUAACAAAUGAAAAAUAGGUGAUUAUGGAAACAUAGUUUGGACUAUUUGCAGAUAACUCAUUUAAGUAUCCUUUCAUAUGAAUUUAAUAGAAAUCUAGAAGUCACAAAUGAAUUCUUACAAGUACAUCCUAAUGAUAAAAAUUGAAAAUAUGUCAUUAAAAGUAGCAACAAGAUACCUUGCCAUUUCACUGCAUUUCAUCAACUGUGUUUAGAAAUAUUUAAGGCCACUGCUAGCACACCUCAGCCAUUCAGUGUUCCUCUUACAUGCAUUUGGUAGUGCCUUUUUAGCUUCAUAUUGAUUUUAUAUCCUGUGAUUUUUGUUCUCUAAAUGCUUGCCCAAUUAUGAAAGUGUUCAGCAUAAAAAGGGCUUUAGAUGUGAGGGAAACUGCUUUUGUUCAUCUCAGGGAACUUUCAAUACUUAAAAAUGAAUUCCAUUAAAGGUAUUCAGUGUUCAAAGAAGGUGUUCUAACUGUAUGAGAUCAUUUCAUUCCCUUGUAAAGCUAUCCAUUUGCCCUCCUACUUUACCUACUGUAGCCUUCAUGCAGUGUGUGGGAUAAGAUCAUUGAAGGUAACAGUAAGAAUGAGAAUAGAGUUCAGACUUAACAAACAAGAGAGCCUAAGGGAUCAUAACAGAACCAAAUUGUACGUUUUUACUUGAAAUAUCGGGCUGUUAUUUUUAGCAUCAUGUUCUCCCACCUUUCAGGCUUUUAUUUCCUAUUCAUUGAACCUUGUACCUGGCAAUGCUCAGGCAUCUGGUUGUAAAAUAAUCCUGUUGUGCAUGAAGCAUAGUUGCUACUGUACUGAAGAUAUCAAGAUAUUUUCACCAUUAUUCCUCAGCCUGAUAUAGAUUUAUAUUAAGUUGCUGAAAUAAAUAUUAAAUCAGUAACUUUUUUUCAGGGCAAAUCUAGUGUUUCUGCCCACAGAAAUGACAAAACUACUGUGGAAGAUUUUCUAAAUGAGAGAAGGUGCUGGGCAUUCGAAUGUAUCCAUGUGUUAUAAAUCAUGUUAAUUAUUUAUCAGUUAUUAAAGGGAAUUUCUAUAUGUAUGCGUACAGAAAUGAUAUAUUUAAUUGUGCUAAGGGUAGUGUACAUACCAACUAGUUACUAAGUGACUUUGCAAGAAAAGGGAAGCAAAAUAAUCCACUUCUAAUUGCACCAGUCAGUCAUGAUGCAUAAUACGUGAUAUUGGCUUCAUAAGAAACUGUUUUCAUGUGAUUGUUGUAAAGACUAUCUAUAAUUGUGGAAGGAUGUGGAAAAAUUAUGUAUAGUUAGUUACCUCUAAAAGUUUGGAAGUUUCCCCAUCAAAUAUUAUUAAUACACUAAUGUUUUAAGAACUGAGUAUGGAUAAUUGUUCAUAUUUGAUAAAACAAAAUCCAAAUAAAGCCCACCUAGAAAUAGAUAUUUUAUUAUGUAUGUGCUAUAGAUAUAUCUAUAUAGUACAAGUAGAUUUGUGAGGCAUAUAUACAAUGCUAUAUAUGUGAAUCUAUGUGUAUAUACACUGAGUCUGUAAUAUGUGCACAACUAGAUUUGCAUUAAUAUAACAUCUUCAGGAUUUGCACUGUUAACUGCCCUGAAGAUUAAAAAAAAAGUUCACUUUAAAAUAAAAAUUUCUUCUGAGACAUCAGUUUAUAAUCUUUAAGAGGCAUCUACUUUGUAACUGAAUUAUUUGUUGUUCUUACCUAGAGUAACAGUAAGAGAAUAGUAUGUCCAAAUCGUUAAAAAAAAAAAAAAAGUAAAGGAAAACAAUAGUCUUCAA